AUGUCUGGGAACGAAGCCGACCCCAUUUCGGUUCACUCGAGUCAGGACCAGGUUGAUGACGAGCCCAUGGUCUACGAGACUCCUCAAGACUACGCAACCUCAGCACGCGAAGAACGUGAUCGCCUGAUCGCCGGAGGAGCCGCUCCAGAUUCCGUCAUCCUCCAAAGCGAGUUUCAGCGCCUUGUCCCGCGCCACGAUGGCGAAUCACCUGAAGACUUUACUCAGCGCUACGUCAAAACCAUGAUGGACAUGAUCGGUCGCGGCGUCAUCAUUUUGAACGACGAUGCCGUCGCUGAUGUUGCGCCUGACUCAUUCGUCAGUCCCGAUGGGAGAACCUUCGACCUGGGCCCUCAGUCGGGCGCGACGAAAGGAGAGUACCGAGAGUUCACGGAAUGGUUUGCACAGUUAUCUGAUGCAGGCGGAGAAGUGCCGGAGAAGUGGUUGAAGUUUGAGAGCACGGCUGGAAGAAGCGACCGAGCUGUAGAGUCUUGA